GUAUAUGCAAACACGCUUCAAUUUGCGAAAUCGUUGGCUUGACACUCUUAAGGCUGGAACGCCGACCAUGGACACAGAAGAGCCCACGCUGGGCGUUUGCAAUUUCAUGACAGCGUUCCUUCCUACAAGUAUGUCGCUAUAAUAUUAAAGCCUUAACAUUGGAUUUGCGUUGCUGCAGUAGCCCCCGCCAUGGUCGCAGUUUGGAAGGCAACUUCAGCAUUGCUACUUCACUUGUUGCUGCUACUUCGCUUGCAAGUCGUCAAUCCGCAAGUGGUUGACCUCUCUUACUACUGCUACUACUUCAUGCAAAGCUACGACGUCGAUGGGGCUGUGUAUUCUGGAGUUGACCUUACCCAAUAUGGUCGGAUCAGUAGUGGCGAGUCGAAUAGCGCCUACUUUGCUCGUCUUGCUCAGGCUUGCAACAGCUACGGGUCAUCCUGUCAAUCCUUCAACACAUUUGGGUGGCUUAAAAAAUGGGCUGCACCAUAUUGGGCCUACAGUGCUUCGUUUGUGAGCAGCGGUCAAGGUUUAUACGUGAAGACCACCUGCAGCCCCCCACCACCACCGAGCCCACCACCACCACCGCCGCCUAGCUAUACCACCAUCACCACCACCCAGCCCAGCACCUCCUAGCCCCUCGCCACCCAGCCCCGCACCUCCAAGACCGCCGCCACCCAGCCCACCGUCUCCACCUCCAAGCCCCCCAUCACCAGCUCCAAGACCGCCUCCUAGCCCCACUCCGCCGAGUCCUUCACCCUCUCCUCCACUGUCCCCUUAUCCGAGCCCUCCACCGUCCCCUGACCCGCCCUCGCCCUCACCGCCUUCCCCUGACCCGCCCUCGCCCUCACCGCCUUCCCCUGACCCGCCCUCGCCCUCACUGCCUUCCCCUGACCCGCCCUCGCCCUCACCGCCUUCCCCUGACCCGCCCUCGCCCUCACCGCCUUCCCCUGACCCGCCCUCGCCCUCACCGCCUUCCCCUCCACCCUCACCGGACCCGCCUUCGCCCCAACCACCAUCCCCUGACCCACCUUCACCGUCACCGCCGUCCCCGCCACCUCCCCCUGAUCCACCAUCACCCAGCCCACCUUCUCCGCCGCCCUCUCCUUAUCCACCUUCACCCUUACCGCCAUCACCGCCUCCCUCUCCUGAUCCACCAUCGCCCUUGCCACCUUCCCCUCCCCCGUCCCCCGAUCCACCUUCACCCUUACCGCCCUCGCCUCCACCAUCUCCACCGUCUCCUGACCCUCCAUCACCGUCCCCGCCCUCCCCGCCACCCUCUCCUGACCCACCCUCGCCCUUGCCACCAUCUCCUCCGCCCCCUCCUGAUCCACCUUCACCCUUACCGCCAUCACCGCCUCCCUCUCCUGGUCCACCAUCGCCCUUGCCACCUUCCCCUCCCCUGUCCCCCGAUCCACCUUCGCCCUUACCACCCUCACCGCCACCGUCCCCUGAUCCACCCUCUCCUUUGCCACCCUCUCCCCCACCCUCUCCUGAUCCACCCUCGCCGCGACCACCUUCCCCACCGCCGUCCCCCGACCCACCUUCACCCUUACCGCCCUCGCCUCCACCAUCCCCCGAUCCACCCUCACCGACCCCACCACCCUCUCCUGAUCCACCGUCGCCCUUGCCACCUUCCCCUCCCCCGUCCCCCGAUCCGCCUUCACCCGUACCGCCCUCGCCUCCACCAUCCCCCGAUCCGCCCGGACCGUCCCCGCCUCCCUCUCCGGAUCCACCGUCGCCCUUGCCACCUUCUCCUCCCCCGUCCCCCGAUCCGCCUUCACCCGUACCGCCCUCGCCUCCACCGUCCCCCGAUCCACCCUCUCCCUUGCCACCCUCUCCCCCACCCUCUCCUAAUCCACCUGCACCCUUACCGCCCUCCCCUCCUCCUUCUCCUGAUCCGCCCCCGCCACCUUCCCCUCCCCCGUCCCCCUUCCCACCCUUGCCCUUGCCACCCUCCCCUCCACCGUCUCCAGGCCCACCUUCAACCCCGCCACCCUCACCUCCACCAUCGCCCAUCCCACCCUCGCCCUCGCCGCCUUCCCCUCCACCUCCUCCUGAUCCGCCCUCCCCAUCUCCGCCUUCACCCCUGCCGCCUUCCCCUCCCCUUCUGCCCCUCCCACCCUCGCCUUCGCCGCCUUCUCCUGCUCCUUCGCCCCUCCCACCGUCGCCCUUGCCACCCUCCCCUCCGCCAUUCCCUAAUCCACCGUCUCCAGACCCUCCUUCUCCUCCGCCGUCGCCCUUGCCACCCUCGCCCUUGCCACCUUCUCCUCCACCUCCUCCUGAUCCGCCUUCACCGCCGCCCUCCCCUCCUCCGCCGUCGCCUGAUCCACCCUCGCCCUUGCCACCGUCCCCUCCACCUUCACCCUUCCCACCUUCGCCCUCGCCACCUUCCCCUCCCCCACUGCCACCUUCCCCCACCCCUCCGAGCCCUCUUCCCCCAUCGCCGUUUCCUCCAUCACCCUUUCCGCCGUCCCCUUCGCCUCCCAGUCCCGUUCCGCCUUCCCCUUGUCCUCCCUCCCCACCACCUUCUCCUCAAGACCCUCCCCCCCGCCCGCCUUCUAGCCCAGUGCCUCCCAGCCCACAUCCUCCUAACCCGUCGCCCCCAGCACCAUUUCCACCCAGCCCCUUACCGCCUGCUCCCCCGUCACCUCGACCACCCUCACCGCGUCCUCCACCUCCGAGGCCACCUCCCAUUCUUAUCUCCCCACCACCGCUAGCCCCCUCACCCCCACCACUGGCAUGGCUGCCAGCCGUUAGCGAGGAGCUGGCAUCGAGCCCAAACCAAACAGCUGCAGUGCUCAUCGUUGCUGUUUGCCUUUCCGGCCUGCUACCCUCAACUUUAGGAACUGAACCAGGCCAGGAGGCUAGAGGAACCCAGGCUGCACUGGCUUCUGCACUGGCAGCCGAGCUCCGCACAGCCGCUGGGGCGGCGCCCAACGCCGGGACAACCCAGGUUGCCGCAUUGCUGGCAAUCCGUGGGACCUCCUCACCAGCAGCAUGCGCCGCGUCCUCACCAACUCCUGUUGCUGUGCCUUCCGGAGGGAAUGUGACCCCUUCGGCCAGCACUAGCAGCAGCACAACAGCCGUUACCGUCUGUUUACAGGUAUCUGCUGUCGCAGACGCACCAUGGAUAACCCCAGGCAACCUGAGUGCGGCCCUCGGCUCACCUGCUGUGGUGGCUGCACUGCCGGCGGGUGCGGCUGUGUCCCUGGCUUCUGCAGCGCCUGCAGACCGGGGCUUGCCCUCCAGUUACACGCCCCGGGGGGACACCGCUGCUCCGCAGCUGCGGCUGCUAGGCGAGCAGGACGUGACAGUGACAGUGCUGGGAGAGUAUCAGGAUGAAGGAGCUACUUGCGUGGAUGCCUCCGAGGGUUUCAUGACGGACUCAGCGGUCGUAACGGUCGGCCUGCCAAUCAAUACCUCCCAGGCGACCCCGCCCGGUGUCCCAGCCGUCGUUCUGUACGGCUGCGCUGACGCUGCCGGCAACGCAGCAACGCCUGUUGUACGGAGGGUGACCGUGUCCGACCCCUGCCAAGAGUAUGGAGAGGCCACGUGCUCUGAAACGGGCUCAUGCAGUGUAGGAGGCAGCUGUCAGGCGCGGGUGAUUAGUACCUUGAGCUUUAGCUCCACAGCAACCACAAAAGCUGCAGACACAAGCUCGUCAUUUGCAGAUGCCUCGACGAAAACUAUAUCGUCAAUAGUUGCUAUCACGGCCGCGAAGGUUGUACGUUCACCCGCUGUUGUAGACCACACGCCACCCACCAUCAUCGUUCUUGACCCUAGUACGACAUAUAAGCCUGGACAGGGCUACUCAACAGAGGCCGGCGGGAUUGGCCGAAUCACAUUCAUUCUUGUCGGCUCAGACUUUGUUGAUCCUGGAGUAAGGGUCGUGGAUGACGUGGAUGGUGACAUUAGCGCCUCAGUGGCCCGUUCCCACCCCACUGGGUCCCCCCUGGACACGCGUGUGCCCCGCAAUGAAUCCGAUCCCUAUGUAAUUACCUACAUUGCCACGGAUUCAGCGGGCAAUCGCGCUGUCGCCUUCCGCCGCGUCUACGUGGUUUGCCCUGAUGGAGAGCGUGUGUGCAGUACUUUUGAAACCAGUAACGGCUUGCCGGCCUGCAGCAUUGGUGGGGGCAUGUGCGGACCCACGCCAGCGCACGCUAUCAGUAGCAGCGCAGCGGCCGUCAGCAACACGCCACCGGUAGUUACGCUACUCGGUAAAGCCCUUGUCGCAAUGGUGGCUGAUGGCGGCGGUGGGUAUGGACCUUGCACACAGUUCUCAAGCACAAUGGACCUCUGUGACCCAGGGGUCACUGCCACGGACGUUGAGGAUGGCAACCUGGGCCCACAAGUACGCGCCUGCGGAGAAUUGUACAACAUAGCUUUAAGCAAUGGUGGCAGCAGCCGCAGUAGUAACAGCCUCGCGGCAUGUAGAAUUAACACCGCAGUGGCAAGAGAGUACCAAAUAAACUACACUGUCACAGAUUCAGCCGGUGCAACGGUUUGGACCGCUCGCACUGUGAGGGUGUGUCCUGGGAGUGAGGUGGUCUGCUCAGACCAAUCCUGCUCGCAAGAUGGCAUCUGCUUGGGGACAGACCUCCCAUCGUCCAACUUGCCGUCAACUAUACCUGUAGCCUUUACCGCCGCCAAGUCCCCUACGCUAACGCUUCUAUCAAAUGACGUGGUCAACGGCAGCGUGAACUUGCCAAGAGGACGUACAUAUCACCUGUGCGCAUUUGGAGAGGCGGCGAUUGCUGAGGCGUUAUGUGACCCAGGGGUCGUUGCCACCGACAGGUUGGGCGUCAACAUUACCGACCAAGUGUACGCCUGUCCGCCAGAUGCGUGCUUUCUUAGAGGCGUUGCCUGCAUUGGACACGAGCUAUGGAAAAAGGGCAUCGAGGGCUGUGUGAACUCCAACCUGCCAGUUGGAUCUCAGCUUGAGGUCAACUUCGUGGUAUUCGACCCGUUGGCGGAGGUGCCACGCGCCACCGCAACUCGCUACAUCGCAAUAGCGAGCCCCUGCAGCAAUGCAGCGGAGGUAUACUGUUCAAAUGUCAAUUCUUGCGGAUCAGAUCCAUGCGAUGUACGUGACCAAAUGCGCGUCAUCACAAACAGUACUACAACAGUACCGCAAUCACCAGUCCUGCUGCUCGUCGAUGGCGGCGACCCAGCAGCAGUGGAAGCGCUGGCAACAUCACUCAGCGUUACUUCUCUGACGGCUCCCACCGCAGCGUUAAACCUAUUCAACGGCUCUGGCCCUUUGUACGACAACCAGCUGAAUACAAUCUUGCCGUACGGAAAACCUGCACCGUACUCACUAUUGCCGUGUAGUGACGUGCACAGCCUCGUCGGCUGCGGUGCGUUGGCUGUUGAUGCGACAGAUGGCGACAUAUCUGCAACCGUAUUGGUAUCUCCAGAGUGUCCUGCUGUUGAGCCAAGCGAUAAUAGCACCAGCGAUAGAUCAGCAAGCACUGAUUCGUGCGCCAAAUGCAGCGCUUGGGCCUUAAGCACUGGCGUUUGCGCCCCAGGCGUCUACGCUCUUAGGUACUCCGUGACGAACUUAGACUCCAAAAAGGCCUCUCUUCUGCGUGUCGUGACGGUGGAAGAGAGGGUGUCACUUACCUUCGCCCUCAAUGUUUCAGUGCCACUUUCUUUGUCGCUCGCACCCCCACCUCCGUCACCUCCACCUUCCAAUUCUACGCGUGGCGUCAGCAGUAUUGUUAGUUCCACGGAUACGGCUGCAGACCUUAAGAAUGCAGCCAACGCGUCUGCGGUGGCGUUCACAGUUAGUCUGUUGCGCGAUUCCAAUCUGCAGCGGCAGCUAGCCAGCGCCUUCCUGUCUACCUAUCGGUUCAACAUGUUGCUUGUACGACGCAUUAAUGUCACGACGGCUGCUGUUCUGUCUGCCAACACUAACCCCGUAUCUUCAGGACCCGCUACCGCAGCAGCUAUGUCCUGCAACGUCCACGUCAGGCUAACGAUAACAAUUGGCAUUCCCUUAACAUCACCGCUAUCUUUCACAGCUACUGAUGGCAGCCGCCGCCGCUUACAACAAAAUGCGGCUUUUCACGAAGCUGCCGUUCUCGGCAGUCUGCAGCCAGCCCCAAACCUAGAGGGUCGUGAAGUGCCACCCGCCGUAGGCGCUGCAACGCUUUCCUGCAACAUGCGACAUUCCGAGCCUGAAACUGGCCAUCCUGACAGCACACCGGAACCUGCAGCUCAGGCCCCAACGGCUACACCAAACCAUAAAGCCAGACACCUACACCUAGCGGCCAAGCUUCCAGCCAACGCCCCCGUGGACGGGGAGCUAUUUGCUGUUUCUGAGCAAGUGGAAAUUGUAGGGCAAUUGAGGAUGGAUGCAGGGUCGCCGUCCGUCAGGCGGAACUGGCCAUGGGCUGGUAACCAGGAUGGAGGCACCGGUGUCAGUAGCAGGUUGUUGCCGUCAGGGACUCGGUCAUUGCUAGAUUUUGCGAGUUCAUGCGAAGGAGCAGUGGCAGCUCUGCUGGCCCUAUUUAACGCUACUAGGGCGUCUCCUUCGCCUUCUUCUCUCUUCUAUGACUUCUCAAGCAAUGGUCCGCUGGUUAUCACGUGUGAUACACCCUCAAUCGACUCCAACUUAACAUCUCUGGCGGAGGCCACAGGUGUCGUGUCAGCAAUGCUGGACUUGGCUUUAACGGUUCAUGGUGAUGAGAAAACGGCUGGCAGUACUGUCUCCCAAAUCGACAGUUAUGAUGACAUCCUGCAAUCAUCUGCAGAAAAAGCUAUCCAAGAGCUACAUGACGUUGCUAUAAGCGCAGUCGCUAACAGCACCACAAAGUCAAACACUUUAGUGCGGCUAUUAAAGAAUGCGACCACUGAGGACGGAAGCUCGGCAGCUGCAGCGAACAACACGUCAAUCCUGCUGCAAACAUCGACCGCAGAAAUGGACGACUUGGCGAGCUACACGCUGAUGACCGCACAAGAGGUCAUAAACAGCCUAGGUAGUCGCGCACCCGACCUUGACUCUGAUGAUAUGGAGGAGUUACAGAGUUGCUUGGGGUUGAGGGGAAGUGGCCGCAGCAUGCGAAUUUCAUUCAGCGUGGCUGCGGGUUUCUCACCACCAUCCCCGGCUCCUGCAGCACCUCCUUUUCAGCGCCGUCAGAGGCAGCUCCUGGUUGUCAGCGGCGGCGGUGCUACUUCUUCUAACCGCAAGACAGACUAUGUUGCAGGCUACCCACUUCAGAAACGUCUUUUCGCAGAUUCUUCGUAUAUUAUAACGGGAGAUGAGUUAGCAGUAGCAGCACCAAGGUUUGUGGGCCAAUCCGGCUCGACCGUUGUGGCAGGCCUCUUCUUGUACCAGCGUCGCAUUGCAGCAAAAGGCCUACUGGAUCUGUACGGGGGAUGUUGUAGUGGGGGCACCUUCGCCAGUGGGCUUGCCGUAUCUUGCAAUCCUAUUUUCAACAAGACGCGAGCAGUUACUACAAGUGGGGCGACAGCACAACUGCGGCAGGAUAUGUUGGCUGGCAUUGGCGUUGAUGCCGCUUUCAUAACUAGGUCAAAGCUUUACAGUGCCGAACUCGUGUCUCGACCUGGUGACUACUACAACGUGACCCAAGGGUCGGGUGAUCUCAACCCGCAUGGUGUGCCUUACGGGUUUUUCCAGUCCGCUGUGCCGCUUCCUGGCGUGCCUGCUGAUGCCUAUCCCUUGCUAAUUGACACUGCUCUUGGUGAGCAGCGACUCCAGAAAAUUCUUUUGGCAUUAAAGGACGGUGCCUACCUGGAUUCGGAGUUGACCGAGAGCCUUACAGCUCAGCUAGUGACGUACAGUCCUGAUCGUCACGUCUUCGGCUACUGGCGCGCUCACUUCCGCUGGGGUGCUGAGGGAGUUAUUCAGGGCUUCAUGACUGUGCAGGGGCUGCCAGCCGUCGAUUGGAAGCUCUCUUUGGAGUCCGGCCACGCCCUGCAAGUGAUUUCGGACCUGCUGCUGGUGCUUCUGGUGGUUACCUACUGCACACUGACACUCCAAGACCUCAUAGCUAGUGCGCGGGAACAACGUGAGCGAGCUCGUGUAGCGCAUUUAAUGGUUGAAGCUUACAUGAGGAACGUUGAUGGGUUUAGCCACGACAGCAACAACUUAACUCCCCAAAGGCCCAGGAUAACUCCUAGUAACAAGGCUACAUCCUUCCUAGUUCGCUUCCAUUCAUCAAGCUCAUUGUCAAGAGGCCCCUCUGGACAGCAGAAUAGCUCUCCUACAUCGCCUUCAAGGGUGCUGCUAGAAGCAAGGGACGUCCCACCACUAACAGAUGCGUCGUCCAGCUUGUACUCACCGUUGCCCGACUCGCCCGUGAUCAGUCCUGGGAAGGGUCUAUCGGUGGCCAUGCCUGUUGGUGCCACAGCCGUUGCAACAGUGGGCCGUGGGUCAAUUAUCGGUAGCCCAACUGCUCGCAGUCCUUGUGACAACAGUGAAUCCGGCAACGGCAGAAGUCGCUGGCGAGCCAGGGUUUGCAGCGGAGAACGACAUGCCUAUGAAGCUGCUCAGGGCGACCGAUCACGGGAGGGGCCUAUUUGCGAGUCAACUUUGCCAGGAGAAACCUCAACACCGUCGUCCUUGAUGGCCCUAGACAACCCCGCAGGGAUUCUCAAUGGUGCUGAUCCGCCAGUUGCAACCAUGUCCCAGUUUAGAGGUAUCCCAUUGGAGCUGAGGAGAGCUAGGAGUAGCGCUAUGGGUGCCCAACACCACAACACCAGCACCACUGGUAGCGGCCCUACAAUGCUUAGCAGCCCGUCAGCCGUCUCAAACAGUGCAGUAUCCAUGAAGCUUCGUUCAGGUGCUUCUGAGAGCAACCGCACUGUUUUGGAGGCGGAUGACCGAAGAUUGGAGGCGCCGGUGUCGACGCACAAGAAGCCCCUGGUGACACUGACGGCGGACGGAGAAGAGGAGGUGCACGUCCAGAACAAGGACGGAGGAGAACUGGUGGUCCGCAAGUACGAGGCCCGCAUCACAACCUUUUGGGUGGCCUUUGAAAUAGCGCUUUGCAGCAUUAUGAUGGCGUGCCUGGUGACACUGUUCGUAUAUUCCAUAAAGACGGCAAGCAGGGCGCCCAUUGAGUCGAGGUACGAUGUGUACGAUGCCCCGAAGUUCGCUCAGACACGUUUCUUCAUGUUGCGGCGUAACAACGCCACCUCCACGGUGACCAAUUCCACCACGGACCCCUCAUCCGCCACACCUGGUCCCGGGGACGCGUUUCGGUGGGCAGUCCCUGAGGACCCCAGCGGGCUGCAGCAGGUGGCUGGCAUGCAUGACGGAAUUAACGCCAUGCGUGAGCUGUGGGCGCUGUACAACACAUUGCAGGGCAUUGUAAUGGUGCUUCUAAUCAUGCGCUGGGUGCACCAUCUUUCCUUCCAGCCACACCUCUCCGUCAUCGCCGGAACCCUAGCGCGUAUGCUUCCUGACCUGGCUACGUUUGUGGUCACAAUGAUAAUCGUCCUCGUCAUGUUUGCCAGCCUGCUACAGCUCAUGUGGGGCAAUGCAUCCCAGGAACUGUCGACGAUAUCAGAUGCAUUAAUUUGGGCGUUUUCGUACAGCAUUAAUGGUGCUGGGUCCGACACCCUGAACGCGGUUGUCAUGAACCCCGUGAACCAAGCAAAUGCAGUGUACAUCGCUCUGGGGUGGACUGUCUGCAUUUGUGGUCCAUUACUCUUUUACUUCACGUUAAUCAACUUCAUCCUCGCACUGCUGUUCUUCCCAUUCGCCCACCUCAAGGCUGCUGUCAAGUACGAGCCAUGGGUAUGGGAGCAACUACGCCGACUGUUUGUGUGGUACUGGCAGUGUCUUAUCCGCAAAGCUCCAGGAAACAAAGACAUGGUGAACCUGGUGGCCCAAAUGCUGCGACGCGAGGUUCUAAGCUCAUCCAGGGCGAUCUUCAGCCACCUAAGGAUUAGUCAACGUGCCAAGCAAAAACCCUUGGCAGAUCCGUAUGAUGACGUGGGCGCCAAAACUCCGGGGCGGGACUUGGGCCCUGGUAAACAUUUUAGCAGGGCUGCUCGUAUUAAAGUUAAUGGCGAGGAUGUCAGCGCGCUGCAACUGGAGGCGAUGCUUCAAGCGUUAAGCAGCCGCCACCGUCAGGACCCUGGUCAUCCCAAGGACACCAGCAGCCAGCAGAGGGCCAAGUCCUUUUCUUCCCUGCUGGUCUCCCCAUUCACAACAUCCUUCGCCGCAUCGGCCUCAUCACCAUCUCCUUCGUCCCGAAACUCCUUUCUUGUGGCCAUGGUGGCUGCACAGCUGCUUCAGAGGUUGGGCAAAGCGCCUACCCAUGACGAUGCGGACAGGAUAACGCCGCAUGACGGCGAGGUGGAGCAGGCAGGAACACCUGAUAAGACCGUGUCUGAGACGGACGUCAAGCUGUAUGCAACGCCGUUGGUAGUAAAGGUCAGGCCGGGACCUGUGGCAGAAGGCUUUGGGGCGUCACCUGAAGAGUUCAAUGCUCAGGAGCAGGAGGUGCACCUUCCUGCCAGCAGGCGGGUGUCCAAGGCAGUUUCCUUUGCUGCUAAGGGCAACGACAUCAUGGCAUCAGCCACAAUGUGGAGCACCCGCUUUGCAGAGGGGGACGUCCUCCUGCCUGGCAGCGCCACACCAUCACCCGCAGUGCUGGACCCAACAUCCGAUGGUUUGAUGCCAGUCGUCACUGCUAGGAUUACUAUGAAACCUGAGCCUGGUGACCAAGGCGAAGGGAAUGUUAGCGGCGAUGGUGAGGCUUGGAAGUGUGGUGUAGGAGGAUCACCUCUCCUGGCCGCCGCUGGUCAUGCUGCAGACGGCUCGGCCCGACCGCAUGCAGCAGCACGUCUUGGCGCAUCCCUUUCUGGACAGACACCUGUUCCCCUAGCGAGGAGGGCGUCGCAGGGCACCUUGACGUCUAAUUUUGAGAGGCUCUUGCAGCAAACACCGCCUAGAGGGCGGCUGCUGAUGCACUCAGGUGUUGGAGGCCAUGUUCCUCCUUCCCAGCAGGCCAGUUUGCAGCCAGCGGUUUACAACCGUGUUUCAGCUUGGUCCUGUGGCGGUGCAGCAGACAGCGAGACGGACCACACUGCUGCACGAGUGCAGCGCCUCCUGAGGAAGGUCGGCAGUCGUUCUUCAUCGGUGGUUUUCCCGCAGCGCGGGUUGCAGGCGCCGCUGGAAGGCCAGGCUGUAAACUCCGUCGAGGCAGAUCUGGCCGGCGGCAGGGAGCUGGAAACCGUCACCACAGCACCACCACUUGGGGAUGGCCCCAGCGGCCAGCUGGGACAGCUGGACACGUGUGGAGCAGCCUGGAUCAACUCUGUGGAACCGGUCAUGGACCAGGAGGGUCAGGCAAAGCAUCCCGAGCAGCAGCAGGAGAAGCAGCAGCAGCAGCAGCCGCAGCGGCCGUUGUGGCAGCAGUUCCUGCAGGAAAAGCCGAGUGGUGAUUUUGUAGCGCCGUUUGUUCCUCCGCAGCGAAGAUGGGGCGCAUUGUUGGUGGCUGCCGCUAGCAGUGCUGCUGCCAGCGUGAACCCGAGUACAAGCUCUCCAUCGCGUCUUAGCGUGGUGUCCACAGCAGUUCCACCCAUGAGUGCGCUUAACACCGAUUCAGCAGGCCGCCAGCAGCCAGGAGGCACCGGACGCUCAGUGACACCUUUAGAAGAUACAAACGGUGUUGCAUACUCGGAGCGGCUCGAGUCAUUUUCAGCACCGGAAGACCAAGCCAUUGCACAAGGGUCCAAGCCACUGCAGCAAGUGAGCAUGAUUCAUCAGAUGCGGCCACCAGCAGUGCCUUGGGUUGGCGACAGCGACACCUUCAGACGUGUUGCUGCAGCCGCCGCUGCUGUUGGCAUGGUCUCCAUUGUUCUUUCAGCUGUCCAGGCCUUGUUGCAGCAGUACGAGUCCCUACGUGUGGAGCAGGCGUCACUGCAAGAGGAGCAGCAGCAGCUGGCUGAUAGCAUAGAGCAUUUACUGCGUUUAGUCCUGCUAAGGCGCAUUAGGAGGUGGCGGUUGAGUAGGCUUCGGAAUUUAUCUUGCAAGUAAGAUUGGUAGCUGCAAACCCUUCCAUCUAUGUUCGUGGUGACUUUGGGGGAGGGGGGUAAGUACCUUUUGCGAUGUGAGGUUAUUACCAAAUGCGUGGCUUUUGCGCUGUACGUGCUGUUUGCUCUGUUGCUGGUUUAUGUUGGGCCUGUCCUGGCUGUUGGUAGCAAACCUAUGCUGCAGUGCCGGUCAACAACCAUUGUGUGUUUAAAUUUCUGGCCGCGAGGCGAAACGUACUGUGACAACCAUUGUGUGUGCGCCCUAUGUCGGGAUAGCAGGAGUUUCUUACACCUUCAGCGAUGCAAUAUGUGCACACGGACCUCCGGUCAGUUGUUUGAGUGGCUGGCUUUGGUUCUGUGUUACCGGGUAAUGAGCGCCAUUGUCAUGUGUCUCGGCGUACCCGUUUCUUAGUUCAUAUGCAUUAUAAUACACAAAGGGCAAGCGAAAGGUUGGUGGAGUAGCCGUGGGUGUUGCUUUUUCAUCCGCACAGAAUGGUUUACGUGUGCCUGAGAGUGCAGAAGAGAUACAACCUUCAAGCCACUCGAAUAUGGUUGGCUUGCUUCUUGAAGAAAGGCAGCGGCAGCUGCACAGCACCGUAUUAAUUUAUACAGAUUGUCCGUAUCCAUGCUCUCCUUAGGUAGCGGGGUUCGUUCGCUGGAAGGCGGGCAUUGGGGGGUUUCCGCGUGUGAUUCGCUGCUCACCGGGUGCAUUCGAUUUCAUGUGUUUCCUGCCUUGAAAGAAAGGUAAUACCUGUCUUCUGGUAUGACAAUUGUUUCUGUUUUUUGGCCUGCCCUUGAUUCUAGACGCUCCGCCAGGCCGCGGCUUGGAAGCAAGGGAACAGCCUUAGUGAACACCCCGGCAAAUUGUAGAGAAUUUAGCGUGAGCUUUUUGGCAUCUUUUUCGUGCAAAAGGUUUGGAAUUUGAAUGUGUAUAUGCAAGUCACAAAGGCAACCUGCGAUGUGGCUCCAAGUCAAGAACGAUUGUUAUGAGUAGAGAGGAGUUUCUAGCUGCAGCGUUCGUCACAUAAUCAAUGCACACGUGUUUGUUGUAUUGUGAUGUUAAAAUAAUGAUGUGUAUAUGGGUGAGCAGUGAUAUUGGCCUGUGUCGUACAAAGUACAAAACAAGUUACAAAAAAGAGGCAUUAAGCGCAUGUCGAUAGCUUGCUACACGUUGGUAUCCGUUAGGUUGUUGUCGCGGUAAGGCCAGCAGCGUAGUUUAAUAGGGCCGACACCAAUGGCUUCGGUUUUGCCUUCCUUACUCAAUACACACAAUGGCCACGGAAUGCAUGAAAACAUAUGAAGUUGACGCUCUGUGUAAAGCAGCCGAGACUAUUGCUUCUAGCGGACUGAAACUUACUGCCAAGCUAUUGCAUAACGAAGUGUGCUCCGACACGCGCUUGAAGGGCUUGACGUAUAAACAAGCCUUACAAACUAUCGUGGCUACUGGGAAGGAAGCGUCGCCAAAGACAUUGCUGCAGGAAAUGGGGCGGCCCAGUAUCACUGUAGGCAUGGUGCGGAAUCGACUGCGGAAUGAACAAAGUCAAAAAGGAACGGUCGCUCAUAGUGAACUGUUUGAAGGUAACCACUGUUUCGCUGACGACAUUGCUCCAUCGCACAAACAAAGGUGACAAUGUUCCAAGCAGUGCUCAAAAGGAGAGCGGUAUGGGUACGUUGUUUAUUAUGAGUGCAUUUCAGAAAAGGUGCUGGAGGAAUGCUGCACCGAAGAGAGCGUACCACUGAAUACUAGCCCAACAUGCUCUGAAUGCCACCCACAAACCCCUGCCCACAUAGAAGAAGACAACUUUGGCGACGAGGCUCUGCCAGCAUAUGACAAACGCAGUGGAGUGCAGAGGUGCACAAACACUACAGUUGAAGCAGCAGAGGAAGCCUGCAGAUCUCCAUCCCCUCCCCUCCCCUGCCAAAGCUUGGAUCCCAAACUCAGCCUCUCUGGAUGUUAUAGCCUCCACGGUUCAAUACACUUUUCCUAUGCAAACCAUGCCACCGCCCUGUCCUCCCCACCCCUACUUUCCUGUUGCCUUACCUUUCCUCGCUUUCCUUUCACCACCAACCCUGUUCUUGCUUUCCUAUCCCUUUCCCUGCCCACGCCAUCCUUUAGCUUCCAUGCCUUUAUUGUUCUCUCCCCGUGACUCCCCUUGCCAACCCAUUCCCAC